AUGAGACUUAUCAUUCAGCCUUCUGCGCCACACUAUCUGUCGUUUCUAUUUCAUCUUAACAUUGUCAACCGAACACAAAACAUUACUCUUACCUGUCUCGUAUUUGUCUCCUUUUCUCAAGACUUUUCCCGCCUCCAGGCGUAUUUCUUUUAUCACUUCUUGUCGAAAUCCGUUAAAAAUCUGUAUCUCGCUUAUUUUAUUUUCUUUACUCUUUUAACUUCUUUCUUUCUUUCUUUCUUUCUUUCUUUCUUUCUUUCUUUCUUUCUUUCUUUUCUUUUUUUGCUUCCUUUCUUUCUUUCUUUCUUUCUUUCCAUGCUUACAUCGUUCUUUCUUUCUUUCUUUCUUUUUUCUUUCUUUCUUUCUUUCUUUCUUUCUUUCCAUGCUCCAUACAUCGUCAUCUUUCUUUUCUUUCUUUCUUUCUUUCUUUCUUUCUUUCUUUCUUUCUUUCUUUCUUUCUUUCCAUGCUCCAUACAUCGUCAUCUUUCUUUCUUUCUUUCUUUCUUUCUUUCUUUCUUUCUUUCUUUCUUUCUUUCUUUCUUUCUACGCCCGUCCAUCGCCAUCUUUCGCUCUUUUUUCCACACUCUAUCGUCAUUAAUCUUUUUUCCUUUCUUUUUUCUUUCUUUUUUGUUCCAUGCAUUGUCAAUUUCUUUGUUCGUUUUUCUUUCUUACUUUCUUUCUUUCUCUACUACAUCCGUCGCCAUCUUUCUUUCUUUUUUCCCAUGCUCUAUACAUCUUCAUCUUUCGUUCUUUCUUUCCAUGCUCCGGCUAUCGUCAUUUUCACUCACUCACUCUUUCUUUCUUUCUUUCUUUCUUUCUUUCUUUCUUUCUUUCUAA